CAAGUGAAACCGACAGGGCGGCUUCCGGGUUUGGCGGGGCCUUUGUCUCUUGCUGUGGCCUGAGCUCCAGGUCUCGCCUUCACUGAUCUGUGUCCUCUCCUCCUAGAGGUCCAGGCUCUGUGGCCCUGUGACCUGCAGGUAUUGGGAGAGCUACAACUAAGACGCCAGGAACACCUGGAAGCCUAGAAAUGGAGAACCUGAAGUCUGGAGUGUAUCCUCUCAAGGAAGCAAAUGGAUGCCCUGGGGCUGAGAGGAAUCUUCUGGUGUACUCUUUUUAUGAAAAGGGGCCAUUGACAUUUAGGGAUGUGGCCAUAGAAUUCUCUCUGGAGGAGUGGCAGUGCCUGGACACUGCUCAGCAGGAUUUGUAUAGGAAAGUGAUGUUAGAGAACUACAGAAACCUGGUCUUCUUGGCAGGUAUUGCUGUUUCUAACCCAGACCUGAUCACCUGUCUAGAGCAAGGAAAAGAGCCCUGGAACAUGAAGAGACAUGUGAUGGCAGAUGAACCCCCAGUUAUAUAUUCUCAUUUUGCCCAAGACCUUUGGCCAGAGCAGGGCAUAAAAGAUUCUUUCCAAGAAGUCAUAUUGAGAAGAUAUGGAAAAUGUAGACAUGAAGAUUUACAGUUAAGAACAGACUGUAAAAGUGUGGAUGAGUGUAAUCUGCACAAAGAGUGUUAUAAUGAACUAAACCAGUGUUUGACAACUACCCAGAGUGAAAUAUUUCAAUGUGAUAAAUAUGUGAACGUCUUUUAUACAUUUUCAAAUUCAAAUAUACAUAAGAUAAGACAUACAGGAAAGAAGCCUUUCAAAUGUAAAAAAUGUGACAAAUCGUUUUGCAUGCUUUUACACCUAACUCAACAUAAAAGAAUUCAUAUUAGGGAAAAUUCUUACCAAUGUGAAGAAUGUGGUAAAGUCUUUAACUGGUUCUCAACCCUUACUAGACACAGAAGAAUUCAUACUGGAGAGAAACCCUACAAAUGUGAAGAAUGUGGCAAAGCUUUUAAGCAGUCCUCAACCCUUACUACACAUAAGAUAAUUCAUACUGGAGAGAAACCCUACAGAUGUGAAGAAUGUGGCAAAACCUUUAACCGGUCUUCACACCUUACUACACAUAAAAGAAUUCAUACUGGAGAGAAACCCUACAAAUGUGAAGAAUGUGGCAGAGCUUUUAACCGGUCCUCACACCUUACUACACAUAAGAUUAUUCAUACUGGAGAGAAACCCUACAAAUGUGAAGAAUGUGGCAAAGCUUUUAACCAAUCCUCAACCCUUACUACACAUAAGAUAAUUCAUGCUGGAGAGAAACCUUACAAAUGUGAAGAAUGUGGCAAAGCUUUUUACCGAUUCUCAUACCUUACUAAACAUAAGAUAAUUCAUACCGGAGAGAAGUUCUACAAAUGUGAAGAAUGUGGCAAAGGCUUUAAUUGGUCCUCGACCCUUACUAAACAUAAAAGAAUUCACACUGGAGAGAAGCCCUACAAAUGUGAACAAUGUGGCAAAGCUUUUAAUGAGUCCUCAAACCUUACUGCACAUAAGAUAAUUCAUACUGGAGAGAAACCCUACAAAUGUGAAGAAUGUGGCAAAGCCUUUAACCGGUCCCCAAAACUUACUGCACAUAAGGUAAUUCAUUCUGGAGAGAAACCCUACAAAUGUGAAAAAUGUGGAAAAGCUUUUAACCAAUUCUCAAACCUUACUAAACAUAAGAUAACUCAUAUUGGAGAUACAUCUUACACAUAUCUAGAAUGUGAUAAAGCCUUUAGCCAGUCUUCAACUCUUACUCAACAUAAAGUAAUUCAUACUGGAGAGAAACCCUGCAACUGUGAAGAAUACAGCAAAGCUUUCAACCAGUCCUCAAACCUUAUUGAACAAAGUAAUUCAUACUGGAGAGAAACGCUACAAAUGUGAAGAUGUGGCAAAGCCUUUAACCAGUCCUGAAUUCUUACUAAACAUAAGAAAAUUCAUACUGAAGAGGAACCCUAUGAAUGUGAAGAAUAUGGAAAGCCUUCAACAAGUCCUCAAUUCUUACCAGACAUAAAAUAAUUCAUGGGCUGGGUGUAGAGGCUCACGCCUGUAAUCCCAGCGCUUUGGGAGGCUGAGACGGGUGAAUCACAUGAGGUCGAGUGUUCGAGACCAGCCUGACCAACAUGGUGAAAUCCCGUCUCUACUAAAAAUACAAAAUUAGCCAGGCGUGGUGGUGCAUGCCUGUAAUCCCAGCUACUCGGGAGGCUGAGGCAGAAGAAUUGCUUGAACCCGGGAGGCAGAGGUUGCAGUGAGCCGAGAUCGUGCCAUUGCACUCCAGCCUGGGCAACAAGAGUAAAGAGUAACACUCUGUCUCAGGAAAAAAAAAAAAAAAAAAAAAAAAAAAAUUCAUACUGAAAAGAAACUCUACAAACUUGAAAGAUGUGACAGUGCUUUUGACAACAACUAAAACUUUUUUAAACAUAAAAAAUCAUACUGGUGAGAAAUCCUAGAAAUGUAAGGAAUGUGACAAAGCCUUUAAAUGGUUGUCACACUUGAUUAUAGGUAAGAUAGUUCAUGCUGAAGAAAACUACAAGUGUGAACAAUGGCAAAACUUUUAACGAAUGCUCACACCUUAUUGCACAGGAGAGCAUUUAUACCUGAGAAAAAUUGUACAAAUAUAAAGA